AUUGAAUAGUCAAACAACUAGUACUGAUUAUGCGGCUGUAAAUCUCCAGCUCUAACCAAAAUCUAGGGUUUCCAUUUUCUUAAAUUUUCCUCCAAAGUUAUUAAGGCUAAUUCUUGGAGUUCAAGGUACGGUGUAUUAAUUUCUACUUGUGAAUUAAGUUCUUGUAAGAAUUUCCAAUCAUAUGUUUUGUUUCUUUCGCUUUAUACUUUAUUUCUUCUGAUUUCUGCUCGAAUUGGAUUCAAUUGAUUUCUCGGGGGAAAUGAUUGCAAUUUAAUUCCAUUGGGAAGUGAGUAAAAGCUGGACAAUUUUAGAUGGAUGGUAUAGUCUCAUGAGCUGGAAAGAUAGUUUAUUACUCUCGAUCUUGAUCCGAGUCUUUGUUUUUGUGGGAUAUAUUUAAGUUUGAAGUAGACGAAAGUUUGUGGUGUACAUGGAUGUGGAAAGUGAGUGUUUCGUGCGUGAAUCUGGGGAAGAUAAUGAGGUAACGAGGACCAUUUCUGCCACGGAAAAAGUUGGUAAUGCUGUCGAUGGCACCAAAGUGUAUAACAACGGGUUUUCUGUGGUGGAAAACAACGAUAAUAUUUUCGAGGGGGUGGAGGAAAAGGGAAUUGAACAUAAUUCACCUCCCCUUGUGGUGACAUCACAAGUGCCUCCAUCCCCUGUGAUGAUAAAAGGGAAUGGGUUGAGGAAAUGGAGAAGGAUCAAGAGGGACCCCAACAAGGGAGGGGAUAAUAUUUUUGAAACAGGCAAGAUAUUGACAGAGAGUUUGUCUAAUCCAAGUCCAAAUUCAAGUAAACGGAUGCAAUUUUCUGAGGAGAUGAAGCAAAAGAGUGAGGGGUCUGUCUCAUCCACUAAUGCAGUGGAGAGGAAUUUGAAUGGUUUCUUUGUACUUGAUGAUUCUGGGUUGGGUAUUGGUCCUACCCUUUUUGCUGGAAUUGAUUCAGAGAACAGUGGGGAUUCGAGUAACAAGUCAUCCACAGCAGCCAGUGCUCCAAACUCAAGGCAUGAGAUGUGGAGGGUUGCAGGGCUUCCACAAGAUAAAAUCAGGACGAAUAGUCUGAGUGGGAAGAAUUUGAGUAACUCCGCACAGCAUGAUCAGCAGAGAAAUGGUCAUAUUGACACCAGUAAGAAGGCUAGAGGGGACCGUGCCAAAAUCGAAAAAGAAAACUCCCGUUCGAGUGUGGAGUCUGACUUACGAACCUCCAACUUUGCUUUCAUGCAGGGAACUUACUCAGUGAUGUGCAAUGAGAUGCAAAAUGGAAGUUCAAUUAUUCAUGAUGGGCAAAAUGGCAAUGAUUUGUUGUUGGUGGUUGAAGGAGAAAGAAGGGAGAUCCCUGGCUCUGCAGCUGAUCAGGAUCCCCUAAUGGAAUCUAUCAAUGCACUUCAGUCUGCACAAGAAGCACUAGAAAAAGAGGUUCAAAAAUUUAGAGAAAUUGGAAAGGAAGAUGCUCGAGCGGAUGAUUCAAUUCAAGACUUCCCUUCAGAUUGUACAUACAUCGAUCCAAAACUCUAUCAAGCAGAACCCACCGAGCAGUUACAAUCUGGCUUCCAUGCACUCGAUGCUAAGGGAAGUGAACCAGGCAUAAUUCUAAAUAGCAGGUCACUAGAAGAAUCAAUGGAGAAAAGAGAUGUUGAAACAGAACUUGAGGACCUCUUUGAGCGAAAGAUUGAAGCUGAAGUUGAAUAUAUUAUAAUAUCUAGAAUGAUCCAAAAAUUGAAGGUUGUAGUGGAUGGACAGUCUGUUUUAGAAAAGCCGAAAACUCUGGCUUCAGAACAAGCUCAGAUGCUGAACAGGCUUGGAGAUGCAGAAAACAAGGCUACAGCUCUCAGUAAAGAAGCUGAGGAUUUGGAGAAUUAUUGCGAAGAUAUUGUAGGUGCUGAUGAGUCGACGAAGCUGCAGAAUAGGGUGUGCAAGUACACUGCAUGUUUCUUCGUGCAGUUGGUAAUAUUGAUAAUUGUCAUGGGACUCUUUAUUUUGCGGAUAUUACCAAAUUAUACUGGGAUUGUUCCCACUUAGUUUUAAAAAGAGCCUCAUUUCUCCUUCGUCAUCACAAAAUUGGCUUCUGGCCUGAUUCCAAAUCCACUUUGUGACUGAAUGGUCGACUAGCACUUAAUGUAUGGGCUAGCCUCUGGAAUUUAAACUAUACAUGGAUGACUGCAGCAAGCGCAAUCCAGGAUGUGGCACUGGUGGUGGUGUGUCAAGAUAAUUAAUGUGAAGUUAUUUUUUCAUUUUCAAUCACAUGGUCAUUGUUCCAACUUAGAGGCUCUACAGAUGUUUGGGUGGAGUUGGAUUCUACACUUGCAACGCUGUCUGUCACUGGGUAUGAGAAUUGGGCCUUGGAGCUUACAUACUUCAUUCAGGAAAUUAAAAGCUUUUUGCAAUUAUUUUCUCACAGAUUAUACAUGUAAAAUUUUGCCAAGCUUCAGAUUGAUUAAAAAGAUUUAAGGUUCUAGCAUAAGAAUUAGAGGUGCUGUUUUUUCAGUUCAAUAUAUGAUUUUUAGCUUAUAUUUAUGUAAUGGAGGCGUUCAUAUUUUAAUUAUCUCAUUCUAUGUAUAAUUCUCGAAGCUAGGUACCCUUCUCUUC